AACUAUGAUCUUUGCUUACAAUUACAAACCGUGAAAGAGAAAUGAGGAGGAAGAUGCUUUGUAUCAGUAGUUAUCGUAGUUAUUAAGUGUGAUGAAUAAAGUGAAAGUUUUGGUGUGUGGUGAUGUAGAAGGGAAAUUCCAGACACUCUUUUCAAGAGUAGAAAAUAUUAAUAAGGGACAUGGUGUGUUUGACUUGCUGCUUUGUGUGGGCAAUUUUUUUGGGGACACAGAUGAAGGUUUGGAACCAUACAGAAAUGGGAAAUUAACAGUUCCCAUUCCAACAUACAUCUUGGGUCCAUGCAGUGCUGUACAGGUGGCUCUGUAUCCACAUAUCAGUGGCUGUGAACUCUGCCCCAAUCUCACUUAUCUUGGUAAACGAGGAUUGUUCACUUCCUCCUCAGGAUUGAAGCUGGCGUAUGUGAGUGGAAUUGAGGCAGAAUCAGACACAUUGUCACACCACACUUUUACAGAUAAAGAUAUUGAGUCUGUAAAAAAUGCAUGUCUUCGUGGACAAACUAAUUUUCGAGGAGUUGAUAUUUUGAUAACAUCAUCUUGGCCAAAGGACAUCAUGCUUGGUGAUAAGGGUUGUUCUGUGCAGAUUGAACCAAAUGGAUCAUGGCUCUUGUCUUGGUUAGCUGCUCAGGUGAAACCUCAUUACCAUUUCUCUGGCCAGGAAGGAGUUUAUUUUGAAAGAGCUCCAUAUAGGAACCACAGUUUCUCUGGGAGCACACCAGAGCAUGCAACACGUUUCAUUGCCUUAGCUAAAGUAGGCAACACACUGAAGCAUAAGUGGCUGUAUGCAUUCAGUUUGGCACCAAUAGACCAGAUGAGCACCACACACCUCUAUCAGGAGACAACAGACCAGACGGACUGCCCAUACACAGGCAAAAUGCUCCAUCCAAGCCUCUCAAUGAAACAGGUGAGACCUUCCCAGUUCUUUUAUGAUAUGGAUUCUCUUACUGAUGAAGGUAACCAAAGAAAGAAAGCAAGAAAGGACAAUAAACAGCAGCAUAAAAGACAGCCACCAAAGUUUGAUCAAGAAUCAUGCUGGUUCUGUCUUGCAAGUGCUACAGUCGAGAAACACCUUGUCAUUAGUGUUGGCAGUGAGUCAUACCUGGCACUGGCAAAGGGGGGGAUGGUGCCUGACCACGUGCUCAUCCUGCCAGUGGGUCAUCACCAGUCACUAUCGACCUUACCAGAUGCAGUUGAAGAAGAAAUAGAAAAGUAUCCUUUGAGAACUUCAGCACUGAAGAAGUAUUUCAAAAAGCAACAUAAAGUACCAGUGUUCUUUGAGAGGAACUACAAGACUUCACACCUACAGAUACAAACUGUUCCCAUCCCACAUAAUAUGGCUGGUCGCCUGAAACGCGUUUUUCAAGAAAAUGCCGAACAAGAUGGGCUGCAGCUUGAUGAACUGCCUCAUCACACAAAGCUCUCUCAAGUGGCCCCUCCUCGAACCCCAUACUUCUAUGUGGAGUUACCUUCAGGAGAUAAGUUGUACCACAGAGUCGCAAACAACUUCCCCCUACAGUUUGGAAGAGAAGUGCUGGCAAGUGAAGAGCUUCUGGACAUGGCAGACAGAGCAGACUGGCGUGACUGCAAGGCUACAAAGGAAAAGGAAACAGAGCUUGCCAAAGCAUUUCGAUGUGCAUUUGAACCUUUUGAUUUCACACUGUGAAUGAAACUGAACAUGGAUCAUAACUUAGAAUAAAUACAAUAAACCAUAUAAUAAUCUUUUGUA